AUGAAAACACAUAAGUCAGGAACUAAAUCAUCAACCCUGCUCACCACACAACUCAGGAAGAAAGGCCUGGAGUUGGUGCCGGAGUCCGUGGAUCCGGCGCUGGGGCUGGGACCUGUGUUCACGGUCAACCCACUGAAAUCUGGCACGAGCAACAGCGAUGUGGCGUAUCGUCUGUACUACGCCGGCGAGUCAUCCAAGUACAGCGCCAGCCAUCGGAAUGCGGUGAUCAAGGCGGCGGCCAAGAAGCAGCGCGAGACUCUUGCUGGUGCUAGAGCUGGUGCUGUUGUUGCGAAGAAGGGGUUAAAGCUUGAAGUCGUUGAUGAUCUAAGAUGUGGGGACACAUUGAGUGAACGAGUGGAGGGGAAGCUAUCCGAGACAUCAGCAUAUGGCUGUGACAAUUACGAAACGCAAAUCAACAAACAUGCUGUGGCGCACGAAGCACUCCAGGCCAUGUGCAUACCGCGUCAAGUCACGCCUCUCCUCCCCGAGCUUCGUUCGAUAGAGAUCCACACCCUGGAGUUCAGAAUCGUGCUUCACUUCCAAUUUACCGACAUUCUCACGCAAUCCACCCAUACCCCGACCCCUUCUGGACUUGCUAUGGUCCCUACCACGGGAGAGGUCCUUGGCAUGGGUACAAGCAGGGAAGUCGCAUCUAGCGACUGA